AUGAGCUCUACUGUUCCUGCUGUUGUUGAUACCGCUGAUUCUUCCAUUGGAGAAGUCGCUGAGAACUGGGAAAAUGAUGAAGCUGGAGAAAGUAUGGAAAAACAGCUCAGCGAGCGUUUUAAGCAGAUCCGCAUUCUGCAAAGGGCGCAGGCAGAUAAAGAGGCUCGCAAGGAAAAAGCCGCAAAAUGUCAGGAGGAGGCAAGGUUGAAUCCAAGUCUCAUACCUACCCCGUCCGUUAUGCCAGCAGGACCUGGUGGGGCGCCACCAGCUCCUGUCCGGAUUCUUCGGCGUCCCGAAAGUAGUGAUAAAAUCAGAGAAGAGAAGUACCAGGCGCAGCGUGCCAAGGCCGAAGAAGCUGCGAAGAACCAGCUAACUCCUGAGCAAAAAGAAGCUUUGUAUGUGAAAGCACGGGAUCGAAUUAUGGGCCCAGAAUACAAGCCUGACAAUUCACAAAAUGCUCAAAAUGUAGCAAUUGUCAGUAGGUGUAAAUCUCCAGAACAAAUCCGAGUGCCUCGUUUUACUGAUCUACCCCUCGCUGGAGCCAUAGGUGGUCCAACUCUUGACGGAACAAUGGGAGGGCCAAUUGUAAUGCCGUCAAUGGGCACUGUGCAAGGAGUUCCUCCAACUUCUGCAGUUACGACACCAUUGGCGCCCAAUCAGCUGCCAUCGCAGCAGAAACCAGCGUCGCUUUUAACAAUGUCAUCGCCCCCAAUGGGGAUGCCGGUACAACAAGUAAAUCCUAUCCCCCAGCCAGGACGAACUCAGCAAGUUGGAGUGAUUGGGCAACCACCCAAGGGCGUGGUGACAGCGCCUCAACCUCCACAGCCCAUAAACGCUUAUUCGCAGUAUGUCAUUUCUCAGCCUCAACAACAUAUACCCUACACAAUGGCGAUGGGUGCAAAACAGUCAAUGGUCCCCUAUAUUGACACAACGCGGCCUCCUCCAGCGAUGACCAUGCCAUCCAUGUCCGCUCACGUGAAUCCUCAGCAAAUACCAGCCGGCAUGGCUGUUCCUCUACCUCCUGGUGUUGGACAAACCUAUUACAACCCGCAGAAUGUUAUGCCGAAUCCAGUGCAUCACCAGUUACGACAAAGUAUACCACAACAACAACAGCAGCAAACCGGUGUACAAUUUGGAAUGUUAUGCCGAAUCCAGUGCAUCACCAGUUACGACAAAGUAUACCACAACAACAACAGCAGCAAACCAGUGUACAAUUUGGGUGAGUAG